AUGGGUGGAGACGUUCCCCGGCAAGCUCCCAGCGCCCUUCCCCAGACUCCCGCGGGCCCUGUCGGUCAACGCAUCAAGAGCAUCUACACCGACCGUCUCAAGCAAUUCACCGCCACCGGACAGUACGAAGGCCAAAACCUCAUAUCCAAGCUGAACGAGGCAGUCAACGAUGAUGAAGAUCAUGUCAAGCUUUCAGUAUACUCCGUUCCUGACCUCCAACGCCCAACCUUCAAAGAGGCUACCGCCAAUGAAUUUAAACCUACCCGUAUCGGAGCAUCGUUCGGACCAAGCUGGUCUACUCAUUGGUUCCGCAUCCGCCUGACAGUCCCGGAGGAUAUGCGCAAAAAGGAACGUCUGGAGUUCCACUGGGAUGCAAACAACGAGGGAUUGGUCUGGACUGAAGAUGGUCGGCCCCUUCAAGGUCUCACUGGCGGCAACGAGCGUAUCGAGUGGAUCAUCCCCGAUGCUUGGCGGGAUGGGAAGGAGCACACCUUCUACAUCGAGAUGGCAUGUAAUGGCAUGUUUGGAAAUGCGCCUGGUGGAGAUUCCAUCCAGCCACCCAAUCCUAACAAGUACUAUACAUUGCACAAAGCCCAGAUUACGGCUGUCAACCUAGAAGCACGGGCGUUGUUCUAUGACUUUUGGAUCAUUGGAGAUGCGGCCAGGGAAUUCCCUGGCGAUGGCUGGGAGUCACACGAGGCCAAUAUGGUCGGUAAUGCUAUCAUUGAUGCGUUCAUUGCUGGGGAGGGCAGCAAUGAAUCAAUCAAGGAGGCACGCAAGAUUGCCCAAAAGUACUUGGGGGAGAAGGUGGAUUCUUCGCAGGUGUAUGAUACCGAUACAGAACCCAUCGUUUACGCUAUUGGGCAUUGUCAUAUCGAUACUUGCUGGUUGUGGCCCUGGGCAGAAACUAAGCGUAAGGUUGCCCGGUCUUGGUCAAAUCAAUGUGAUUUGAUGGACCGAUACCCGGAGCAUCGCUUCGCUUGCUCCCAGGCACAACAGUUCAAGUGGCUGAAACAAUACUAUCCAUCGGUCUUUGAACGCGUUAAACAGUGGGUUAAGAAGGGUCACUUCCAGCCCAUCGGUGGCAGCUGGGUCGAGCAUGACACCAAUAUGCCCAGCGGAGAGUCGCUGGUGAGGCAGUUUCUCUAUGGCCAACGCUUCUUCGAGAGAAACUUCGGAGAACGCUGUACAACCUUUUGGCUUCCGGAUACCUUUGGCUACUCUACGCAGAUACCUCAGAUCUGUCGUCUGGCCGGCAUGAGUCGCUUCCUCACCCAAAAGCUCAGCUGGAACAAUAUCAAUAACUUCCCGCACACCACAUUCCUUUGGGUUGCACUCGAUGGGAGCCAAGUUAUGUGCCACAUGCCACCAGCGGAGACAUACACUGCCAGCGCUCACUUUGGUGACGUGAAGCGUAGCGUGACUCAGCACAAGUCAAUGGACAACGACAACACGUCACUCUUGGUAUUUGGCAAGGGUGAUGGGGGCGGCGGGCCAACCUUCGAACAUCUGGAAAAGCUGCGCCGCUGCCGCGGCCUUAGUGACAAGGUUGGCUUGCUCCCUCGUGUGAAAAUGGGAGAUUCAGUCGAUGAUUUCUUCGCAAAACUCGAGAAGAAGGUAGAGCAGGGCACUCGCUUUGCCACAUGGUAUGGUGAACUAUAUUUCGAACUACAUCGGGGCACAUAUACCACACAAGCCAACAACAAGCGGGGCAACCGAAAGUCAGAGUUCCUGCUAAGGGAAAUCGAAUACCUGGCUACUCUUGCUACUUUGGAGCAGCCUGCUGAUAAGUAUAAAUACCCCAAGGAGGAAAUUGACGAGAUGUGGGAGGAUGUGCUUUUGUGCCAAUUCCACGAUUGCCUCCCCGGUAGCAGCAUUGAGAUGUGCUACGAUGACUCCAGAGAGCUUUACAAGAAGGUAUUUGAAAUUGGCAACAAGGUUCGGAAGGAAGCCCUCCAAGCUCUUGGAGUUGGAAGCCGGAGCGCUAAGAGUCUCGUUGCAAUUAACACAUUGCCCUGGCCUCGCUCGGAAGUAGUCAAGGUCCCUGCUGGUUUUACAUCCGCGGGUGGCCCCAGGUACGCCAUUGUCAGUGGCGAAAGUGGUAUUCUUCAGUGCCAGCUCCCUACAGCUUCGAGCACAGCGCCUGCCGUGACUGUUUCCGAGAUCGAGCCCGGUGUUUUCCGUCUACAGAAUGAGAAACUGAGGGUGGAUGUCCAUAACGGAGUCAUCACGUCGCUGUAUGAUCUAAAGGAAAAGCGCGAGAUUGUUGCCAAGGGUGGAAAAGCUAACCAGCUUGUCAUUUUUGACGAUAAACCACUCUACUGGCAAGCGUGGGAUGUUGAGGUCUUCCACCUCGAAUCUAGGAAGGAGUUGCAAUCCGGAAAGACUACCGUCGCUGAGCACGAUCCAUAUCGUGUGAGCGUGGUCACUGAGACCCGCAUAAGCGACAAGAGCUGGAUCAAGACGACUAUCAGUCUGGCUGCAGCCGUUGGCGACCAGCCAUCGUAUGUCGAAAUGGAAAGUGAAGUUGAAUGGCGGGAGACUAUGAAGUUCCUCAAGGUCGAGUUCCCUGUCGAUAUCACGAACACACAGGCAUCGUAUGAGACUCAGUACGGAAUCAUUAAUCGCCCGACUCACUAUAACACCAGCUGGGACAUGGCCAAGUUCGAGGUGUGCUGCCACAAAUGGGCAGAUCUGUCUGAACACGGCUACGGUGUCUCGAUCCUCAAUGAUUCCAAAUAUGGGUUCGCAACCUGUGGUAACAUGAUGCGCCUUUCCCUGCUUCGGGCCCCGAAGGCACCGGAUGCUCAUGCAGAUAUGGGUCGUCAUCGAAUCCGUUACGCGAUUCUCCCGCACGCAGGACCCCUGGACCAUCGCACCAUCCGCGCAGGGUACAGCUUUAACCACCCUCUUGCCCUGGAACCCGCAUCCAGUCAAGAAGCAAGCGACGCUUUCAAGUCAAUCUUGCUGGACGGUUCUCCUUCGCUUGUCCUGGACACGGUGAAGCGCGGUGAGGACGAUGAAGACGUGUCUCGUGAUGAACUGCCACGGCGUGCCGGGAAGAGCGUCAUCCUCCGAAUCUACGAGUCCCUAGGUGGUAAGAGUCGUGGCACCAUCAAUACCAAGCUCCCCGUCAAGAAGGCUUGGAAGUGCAACAUCCUUGAGGAUGACGAGACAAGCCUUGUCUUAUCCAAGGUUGAUGCGCAGACCACGAGCAUUGAUAUCGAGCUGAGAGCUUUCGAGGUCGCGACGUACAGACUACAGCUGUAG